CACUGUCCCAAACGCACAAAAAAAUUAUCGUCUUAAAUAAACGAAGAUUUUUUCAGAAAAGGGAAAUUAUUCAAGCUGAAGUCAGAUCAGAGCGUCCAACGUAAGCAUGGAGCUGUGCGGCAGUGUGAUGACCAACUCCAAGUACGAGCUGUUCCGGCUAAAAUGCCUCUACUGCAGCAUAGAGAGCGAGCUAAAGGAUUGGGAGCUGUUCAUCGUCCAUGUGAAGACGGCGCACUACUGCGAUGACGAGGACCUUAAGAUUAAUGAAACCAAAGAUGACUCCCAAGAUCUAUACUGUGUCGUUGAUGCCGCGGACCCAGCCAUCGCCUAUGGUCCGGACGAGUUCUUCGAGGUGAUCGAAACCAGCAAUGGGGAGGAUCAAUGGAUGGAAGCAGAUAGCAAUGAUGUUCAGUACGUAGAAGACGCUAACGCUUGGUCUGCAGCUACAGGCAAUUUUAGCGAGUACGGUCCAGGUGUUAGCUCAUCGGAGCUUCCAACUGAAACUGAAGUCACACAAAUGCAGGAGUCGUCUCAAAAUCACAUACCCUUAAACACAGACGAUGAUGAUUGUAGUGACUUCUUUAUGUCUGAGGAUGACCUGGUACCUCCUAAGAAACCUGGACGACCGCCCAGACGAACAAGACCAGGUCAGGUUUUCAAGUUCAAAGUCUCGUUUAUUCGGAGCAACCCUCGUGUGCUGCAUUUGAUUCAAGCGUACAAGGAGCAUCCCUGCCUAUGGAACCCCUCCGAUGAACACUAUCAAGACGAACCUGCUCGAAAUAUGGCCUACGAGACGAUAAUGGAACGCAUGGACUGCAAAGCCAAUGUUCUCUUCACCGUGGAAGAAUUAAAGAAAACACUCGAGCAACUGCACGUGCAGUACACACUGGCUAUGGAGACAAAACAAAAGGGCAAGCUGGUUGGACUUGCAGCGCGUUACUUUGCCAAGUGCGAGUACCUCAGUGUGGCGCCUGUUGUAACGCCCAGGGAAAUCGAGGAGGACAACGACUUGACUGCAAUUAAACUUAACUUUAAAGAGGAAAACCUGAUCACCAGCUCAUUCAUAGAGACCUAUGCAAACUAUCCCGUGCUUUAUAAUCCUGCGCUGGAAGAUUUUGGAUCGAUAGAAAUGCGUGCAGAUGCCUACAGAAGAAUGGCAAAGGAAUUUCAGCCAGUGGUCAAGGCCAACGAAACGGACGUUUACAUUGCAGUCAAUAAGCUGCGCCGUUGGCUGUACGAUGCCAUGCGUCGCCUCAAAUCCAAGGAAUUAAUUCAGAAGUGCAGCAAACAAGAGGUCCAGUAUCUGCAAAUGUGCAGCUUCUUGCCCGCCAAGGGCUCUGAGAGCCAGGUGCUAUAUUGUGACUACUGCGAAAAACGUUUCCACGGCGACUAUAACCUACGGGUGCACAUCGUCAAGGCGCAUGAGGUGGGCGAACUACCAUACCUCUGUUCGUUUUGCCCGAGGCGCUUCGACCGACAUGUGGACAUGGACCGUCACAAGUUGCGCACCCACUUCGAACGCAAGCUGAAAUGCCAGUACUGCGACAAGACUUUCGCCGUAGAUACCGACUUAAAGGUGCAUACACUCAUCCACACAGGCGAGAGACCUCACAUAUGUGACAUCUGCGGCAAGACUUUCCGGCUCAAGCUACUCCUGGACCACCACGUCAACGGGGUUCACCUGAACAUAAGACCCUAUAGCUGCAAUAUGUGCAGCAAAACCUUCCGCAAGAAGUUCGAGCUGGCCAACCACAUUAAAGGCCACUUGAAUAUCCGUGAUAAAAAGUGCGAGUACUGUGAUGCCGCUUUCUAUGACCACUCUUCACUUUCCAGACAUCGCCGCAGUCAUAGGUCGGAAUGAAUUUAUGCCUUAAGGAAAGUUUUUAGAAACUACUUUGUUUUUUGAUAAUUAGAUUCAGUUUAUUCGCUCUUUAUAAGAUUGUUGUUAGGCUUUUGUGUAUAUGACUAGAACAUAUGUAUGUAUGAUAAACAUUAUACACAAGCUUCUUACUUUUUAAUUUAAUUUUAAAAUAAGUAGACGGAAAGAUAAGUUAGUUUUAAACUCAAAUUUUUGGAAUCGGAAUUGGUGUCAAAAUCCGUGCUGCACAUCAAUAAACGAUACGAUAAUGCUAAAUACAAUUCAACGAACUUAUGUUUUGGA